GGAGGAGUCAGACGAAGGAAAGGGCAGCUGGAGUUGCACACUCCACAUAAAGUAGCCACAACGCUCGAAACCACACUCUUUGUUGGCAUAAAGCUUUAGGAAUCUCUCUCUCUCUCUCUCUCUCUCUCUCUCUCUCUCACUGUGUGCGUGCGCGCGCUUGCUUUGGUUUUUAAUGUUCUGGCAGGCAUGUAGAGAAAGUUGCAAACGUUAGUGCGUCCCGGAGAAGAAAAGGGGGAGAGGACCAAGACAAGAAAAGUCGGUUAACUCCUGUCCAGUUCAGGCGGAAAGCUUCGAGAGCAGCAAAUUUCCGACAAGCAAGAAAAAAGUGAAGCGGAAAGUUCGGAAAAGUUAAAACAUUUUCGACAGGGGAAAAACCGCAUUCGGAACCUUGCAGGUGUCUCAGCUUAGAUGUGGCACUAAGGAAUGUGCAGUCACCAUGGAAACACAGUCCCAGGCCAGUUCCACAGCAGAGAAGAAAAAGAGGGCAGAGACCAUCGUGGCAACCAAGAGAUCCUCCUUGACCCGAACUGAGAUCAGCGAGAAGGCUGUGGCUUCCAGCACUACAUCCAACGAAGAUGAGAACACUAGUUCUCCCUACCACCGGGAGAGGUGCAAUGUGAUUAGUGGACAGCUACCAGUGCCAGGCCAGGGCUCGGUGGCUGCUAAGCUGAGUGAUGAGCCGUCCACCUCCACAGAAGAGCGACCCUUGCUGGUGAAGAAGGAGCUGCAGACCUCCCUGCCCUACCUCCCUGAACACACACUCCCUUACCGGGGCACACUGUUUGCAAUGGACCCCCGAAAUAGUUACCUGGACCCUCACUAUACUCCGGCUCAUUUCUUCCCUGGAUUCCACCCUCCUGUGCCAGUUGACGACAGACACACACAGGGACGUUACAUCUACGAGCCCUCUCCAGUGCCACCGCUCCAUGUGCCUCCUGUAUUGGCAGGCAGCCCUGCAUUUUCUGAUAUCUCUGUCAUCAGAAUCCCACCCCACCGGAAUUCUUCAGGCAUAGGAGUGGAUUCGACCUUUAGCCCCCCACACCCAUACAUCAACCCAUACAUGGACUACAUCCGCUCCAUUCAUAGCAGCCCCUCUCUUUCUAUGAUCUCUGCAGCUAGGGGACUCAGCCCUGCAGAUGCCCCACACACUGGUUUGACCACAGCAGAAUACUACCAUCAAAUGGCACUGCUUGCAGGUCACCGUAGCCCCUAUGCUGACAUCAUUCCCUCUACCAUGUCUACUACUGGAUCAGGGACCAAUGCUUUGCACAUGGAAUACCUCCAGGCUCUGGAAGCAAGUUCUCGCUUUCCCAGUCCGAGACUCCUUGCUCGUCAGGGCAGGAAGCGCCCCCUUCCUGGCUCACCACACUCAGACUCAAGUUUUGAUUUUCAAGCCAUGAUCCGGAAAUCACCAAAUUCCCUGGUGAGCAUCCUGAACAGCACGCGGCCCAGCUCAUCGACCAGUGGAUCCUACGGCCAUCUGUCUGCUGGUACUAUCAGUCCUGCACUGAAUUUUGCCUACCCUCCCACCCCAGUGGCACUGCAAAUGCAUCAGCAGCUAAUUGGCCGGCCUCCAGGCAUUGUGGCUUCUGCUUUCGGGCAUAGUCCCCCUCUCAUCCACCCUGGCCCUGCCUUCACUACUCAGAGACCCAUAGCAGGCAUCACCCCCUCAGGACCUGGGCCCACAGAGCGCUUCACUAGCUCCACUGACAUUCAAAGUAAACCUACCAGUGAGUCAGCAGUGACCAGCACAGGAGACCCCAUGCACCACAAACGCUCCAAACUCAAGCCUGAUGAUGAGCCUCCCAGCCCUGGAGCAGUUAGUGUGCAGGAUCAUCCGGAUGGAAUGACCCUUGUGAAAGAGGAAGAAGAUAAGGAAGAUGGGAAACAAGAGCCAGAGGUGGUGUAUGAGACCAACUGCCACUGGGAAAAUUGCUGCAGAGAGUUUGACACCCAGGAACAGCUUGUACAUCAUAUAAAUAAUGACCAUAUCCAUGGGGAGAAGAAGGAGUUUGUAUGUCGAUGGGAGGAGUGCUCUCGAGAACAGAAGCCCUUCAAGGCCCAGUACAUGCUGGUGGUACAUAUGCGCAGGCAUACAGGCGAGAAACCACACAAGUGCACGUUUGAGGGCUGUUCCAAGGCCUAUUCUAGAUUGGAGAACUUGAAGACACACUUGCGCUCUCACACAGGAGAGAAACCCUAUGUGUGUGAACAUGAGGGCUGCAACAAGGCCUUCUCGAAUGCAUCAGACCGUGCCAAACAUCAGAAUCGAACUCACUCCAAUGAGAAACCCUAUGUAUGCAAGAUACCAGGCUGCACCAAACGCUACACUGAUCCGAGCUCUCUGCGCAAACAUGUAAAAACCGUUCAUGGUCCUGAAGCCCAUGUCACUAAGAAACAGCGUGGAGAUGUUUUCCCCCGACCCCCGGCCCAUCCCCGUGAACCUGGAGCCAAUGGACAGGGCAGGUCGUCAAAAUUGCAAUGCCCCUUUGAAGCAUUUCCAGACCAAAGGGAGUAUAACCAUGCUACCUCAAAGCAAGAUGAAUGUCUGCAAGUCAAGUCAAUCAAGACAGAGAAGCCGAUGACGUCUCAGCCAAGCCCUGGCAGUCAGUCUUCAUGCAGCAGUGGCCAGUCCCCCACCAGCUCCCAUCUCAGCCGUGGAGUCCAGCUUGCUGUGAACACUAUUGGCCUUGUCGGGGAGGAGGUGGUGGAGGACCAGGAGUUUGAAGUGGAGGAUGAAGAGAAGGACACUGAGGUAGUAGAGGAGGAGUCUCCCAUAAUGGUCUCUACUGUAUCCACUGCUACAGCCACGGCAGCUACUGUAGCCCUACAGCCCUGCAGGAGUCUUGGGCAGCCCUUGCGCUGGAUGGAACAGGUUAAGAUGGAAAGGCUUAGGCAGGUGAAUGGAGGGACAUCAAGGCUGGGACAUCUGUCACCCACAGCACCCUCUAAAGGCCACAGUCUGCCCUCCCUGACAAUGAAAGGCUUGUGUACAGUCAGGAGUACUUGUGGGGGUGCACCAGUGCCUCAGCCUCCUUUGCAUCCCGAGCCAUCCAGCACAGAGCUGACAAUGCUGAGCCUCCUACGGGAUCGCCGUGACAGCAGUGGCAGUGCCACCAGCUCAGCCUACCUAAGUAGCAGCCGUCGUUCAUCUGGCAUCUCUCCCUGCUUCUCAAGCCGCCGCUCCAGCCAAGCCUCACGGUCUGAGCACAGCCAGCAAAGACAGCUACACAACCUCAGUGCUACUGACUCCUAUGACCCCAUUUCCACUGAUGCCUCUCGUCGCUCCAGUGAUGCUAGCCAAUGUGGUGGAGGUGGUGGUUCUGGUGGGGUAGUGCUUGGAAGAAGCUGGGGUAGUCGAAGUGGAGGUGUGGGAGGAGGUGGGAUGGGAUCAAGAGGUGUGUUGAACCUAACACCAGCACAGCAUUAUCAUCUCAAAGCCACAUAUGCAGCUGCAACAGGUGGGCCCCCUCCAACACCUUUGCCUAAACUGGAACAAGUGAGCUAUAAAAUUCAAAUGACUAUGGCCAGGGAUGUGAAAGGCACAAACCAGCUCCCAUUGCCAUCACUAUUCAGACCUCGUUGCAGUAGUGAUGGUAGUUCUCAUGGACAAAGCAGUCACAUUAGGUACAGAUGGAGGAGAUUGUAUCCAGGGGAAGGCCCAGGCAAUAGUAACAGAAGAGCAAGUGACCCUCUAAUGCCAAGAGACCAAAAUAACACUGGAAAUCCCCAGAUACAGCGUUUUGGCAGCCAAAAUAACAUGGACCAAUUACCCCCUCUGGUUGGUAAUAAUGUCUCAAGUGGUGUUGGUAAAAGUACAAACCACCAAAAUGACACCAACUUAGUGGACAUUAUCCAGAGUGGCCAGCUCUCCCCUUUCCCUCCUAGCAUCAUGGAACAAUCAGCACUUGAAGCUUUAGCCAUUGAGCAUGAUGGGGCGCUCUUAUUUAAGGAUGAUGGUUGUCUUCUUGGGGACCAUAAAGCUCCCUGCAGCCAGCAAAAUGGCAUAAAUUCCCAAUUUCACAGAAAUGAUUUUACCCAGAAUAGUAAGGAGGUGCAGAAAGUCCAGAAUCCUUCACAGGACCAUGGGGCACAAGAAGCACAAAAUCCUAGGAAAGAUAGCCUGCCAAUCCAAUGGAAUGAGGUAAGCUCAGGAAGUACGGAUUUUUCGUCUCCUUGGGAGCCAUGGAGGUGUGAGCAGUGGCCAAACCAUAUUAAUACAGUAGGCCUUCCAUUUGGUCACUUUGAAAAUAUGAUUGUACAACAGCAGCUCCCUUCAUACUUUACAGACCAGCGACAUCCUAAUCAGAGGGGUAGUGUUCAACAAAUAACUGAACUGACCGAUGGACACAUUUACCCAAAUCAGCACAGGCAAGGAUCAAAUCCAAGCCAACAUCGAUCUUGCAGAAUGAGCCAGGGUGUGUCAGUGGAGACUACACAACGGAACUGUAAUGGCACAAGCUCAAGCACAUAUAACUUUGGUCAGCAAAACUGUCAGAAUGCGCUGGGCCUCAUCCAACCAAGUAGUGUUCAUCAAGCCACUCAGCCACAAACUCAGCCACAAACACAACAGCUUCAACAGAGCCAUGAAAUUCCAUGUCAAACAAGUGGAAACUUACUCCAGCAAGGAACAGUAAAGCCCAGUACAUCCCACAUCUCUGUACUCUCUCUUCAGCCAGCUAGCCAGCAUGUGGACCAAGACCCCUCUCAACCACAACAAUAUUCCACCCAACAGAUAAUCGGCAGUCAUAAUGCACAGUCCUACAAAAGUUUUACAAAAGGAAAUAUCAGUAACCGCUCACUUGCUAAUCAUGUUUCAGGACUAAAACUAGAAAUAGAAGAUCAGCUUCAACCAAACUCAUGCUCUUCAAUGCAGCAACAGCAGAUCUUUGAGCAGUGGUUUGACCCAGCUAAGUCUUCAAUCUUCAGAGCUCAACACUGCCAAAUGGAAUCAUUUAAAAUUGAGACUGGGAUAUCAUGUGAAUCCUUGGAGGAUGUUCUGUCACCUGGGGCAGAUCAGGUGACCAGCACAGUAGAGAGCAGCCCAGAUGGCAGUGUUCGGGAUGUCGGCAUACAUUUUUUCUCCAUCCUGGACGAUAGCCUUGACCAGGGCAGUUUGGUUUCUGAUGUCAUCAGUCCUAGUGUUGUGCAUGAUUUAUCACAGACUUCCUCUUGUCUUACAACUCCAAACCUCUCAGCUGUACUUCAUAGCUUGCCUCUUGGUACAACCAACAUGGCCAUUGGAGACAUGAGCUCAUUUCUGACUACCCUUGCAGAAGAGAGCAAGUUUCUUGCCAUUAUGCAGUAGGUUUUAUAAUCCUCCAAUUGAUGAGAAUGGGGAAAACAAAUAAUUUACUGAAGUAAUUUUUAAAAUAUGGAUUAGGAGGAGAAAAUCUUUGAUUUAUAUUUGUUAGUGUAAUUUGUUAGGGGGAGUUAAAACAAGCAUAGAUCUGCUAUCUUUAUAUGUCUUAGCCUCCUAAAGAUGGGGAUUGGAGAAACCAUAUAAAUAUAGUGUAAGUAUAUAAAUAUAUAAAAUCAUUCCAUUUGUGGAAUAAUUGAAUAUACAAAAUCCAGUUUCAUAUUUCUUUAAGGUGACAACAGCAUCUCACCUCUUUAAACAGUAUUCAAUUCAAUUAAAUUGUGUGUGUAUAGUGCUUUAAACAAUGGACAGUGUCACAAAGCAGCUUUACAAGAAAUAUAUAAAUUAAUUCUGGAUAUAAAUUUUACAUUUAUAAAAUUAUCCCACAGUAUUCUGUGUAUUAUUGCUGUUUUGCAUUUUGUUAUAAAAUGUUCAUAGACAUGCAUGUUCAUUGCCUUUUUAUGCAAGUAGAAUAUAUCUCAAUUACUAAAGAAAGACUUGUCAUGAGGUAAAGACAGGUUAAAUGUUCCAUUUAAAAGGUCCUAGUGUUGCAAUUACCUAUAUUAACAUUUUAAUUAUGUUGUAUGUCUUGCAUUGGUAGUAUUGACAUUAUUUUCCUGGCCUUGUAUUAUGCUUGACAUAUUUUUCAAACAUGGCAUAGACUACAUAUAUGAGGGACCAUUGUAUUAGACAAUUGUGGACCAGAGCCUCAUAUGAAUAAAUAUACUACUUCAUUUACCAUGAUUGCAUACAUGUAUAAAGACUUUUCCCAAUUUUAUUUUAUUUUAUUUUUUACACCUUGAAUAUUGUGGUCUAAUUACUGGUGCUUACAACAAACUGAGUGCAUUAUGAAAAAGAACAACUAAGAUGUUGAAAUUUGCCCACAUGUUUUUUUCCCAAAGAGGAUAAAUUUUAAUAUGAUGGAUAAAAUAUGCCAAUAAAGUAUUAUUAUUAUUAUUAUUAUUAUUAUUAUUAUCAUUAUAAUUACUAUUAUUAUUAUCGUUAGUAGUAGUAGUAGUAGUAGUAGUAGUAGUAGUAGUAAAAGUAUUAACCCAUUUCUGGUUUUAUCAAAUAUCUCAAAGUAAUAAUGUCCUUUCUUUUAAAAUGCAAGUUGUGUAUUACUUCACAACCAUGGUCACCAAGGUUUUCAUAUUACAAAUAAAUUUUAAGUGCAUCUGUUCUGAUUUGCCUGUGAAGGAAUUUGAUACAAUGUGGAGGUAAUCUGGCAAUUUUCUUUGCAAAAAAGAUAUGUGUAUAUGCGUAUGUACAGUUUUAUAAGUCAUUCUGUAGGAAAUAGGUACCGUUUGUGUUCUGUUAUUGUUUUAAAAGUUUUAUGAUACAUUUCCUGAGGAAAUUACAGGGGUGGGUGGGGGUUGGGGGGGGUGAUGAUUAGUGCCUAGGAACACUGCCAGUCUUUUAUAAGGCAUUAUUACAAAACAGGUGUACAAACAGGUGGUCAAAAUUCAGCAAGAAACCUACAACUUCACGUACAACUCAGUAAUCACAAAUGAUUCUGGUACAGGUGAGGUGUUGGCUGUAAAUCUAACAUCUAAAAAAAAAAAAGCACAAAUGUUUGAAAAUAUUUUAACACAUUUCUUGUCUUUUUAUGCUUGUAAAUACAUUAUCCACCUGUAUAAUGUAGACUAAAUAGGAGAGUUUAGAUGACAAAGUUAGCCAAGAUGAUCAUACGGACUAAGCAGGAAUCCCCUACCUGCGAAAAAAUCCAAGCAAAGGGGAAUUAGGGUGUAUGAAGUCAUGGUGCAUAGCACUACCAUAUGGAAUUCAAAAUCUGAAUAAUUUGUUUGUAACAAACCACAACAAAUGUUUGUAAGACAUUAAUAAAAAUGAAAUAAUGUGCAUGGCA